AUGGUUCUCACGCACAUUGUCCUCAUUCAGUUCAAGUCAGACGCCAAGCCUGAAGAUGUCAAACGGACUUGCGCCGCCUUCAUCGCCCUGAAAGACGCGUGCCUGCACCCGACUAGCAGCACUCCCUACAUCCUGUCCCUGAAGGGCGGCGUGGACACUUCGAUAGCGAAGCUGCAGGAUGGCAUUACGCACGGCUUCACCAUGGAGUUCGCCUCGGCCGAGGACAGAGACUACUACACCGCGACGGACCCCUCGCACCAGGCGUUCGCUAAGCUGGCCUACCCCUUCCUCGACAAGGUGCUCGUCGUCGACUUCACGGACGCCCUCUUCUAA